CAGAGGCCAUUCAUUAAGGAUAUGGGAACCAAGAAUGCAACAGAACUGACAGAGUUUGUUCUCACAGGACUGACAUAUCCACCAGCUUGGCAAAUCCCACUGGUCCUGCUUUUCCUGAUGCUGUAUCUUGUCACGAUCAUGGGGAACCUCGGUCUGAUUACUCUCAUUUAUAAUGACCCUCACCUUCACAUCCCCAUGUAUUUAUUUCUUGCAAACUUGGCAUUUGUGGAUACUUGGUUGUCCUCCACAGUGACCCCCAAGAUGCUGGUCAACAUCAUUACCAAGGACAAGAUGAUAUCUCUCCAUGAAUGUGUGGUACAAUUUUUUUCCUUUGGAGUCAGUGCAACCACAGAAUGUUUUCUGCUGGCAACAAUGGCAUAUGAUCGUUAUGUAGCCAUAUGCAACCCGUUACUUUAUCCCGUGAUUAUGACUAACAAACUAUGCCUGAGAAUGCUGGUGUCAUCAUUUGUAGGUGGUCUUAGUCAUGCCUUAAUUCAUACUGGUUUUUUAUUGAGAUUAACCUUCUGUAAUUCUAACACAAUACAUCACUUUUAUUGUGACAUCAUGCCAUUAUUUAAAAUUUCUUGCACCAAUCCUUCUAUUAAUGUUCUGAUGAUGUUUAUUUUCUCUGGCUCAAUUCAGGUGUUCACAAUUCUCAUUGUUCUUGUCUCUUAUACACGCAUACUCUUUACAAUCUUAAAAAAGAGGUCUGCACAAGGUAUAAGGAAGGCCUUCUCCACCUGUGGAGCUCACCUCCUAUCUGUCUCCUUAUACUAUGGGCCUCUUCUCUUCAUGUAUGUGCGCCCUGGGUCUGCACAAGCAGAUGAUCAAGAUGCAAUUGACUCUCUAUUUUACACUGUCAUAAUCCCUUUCUUAAACCCAAUCAUCUACAGCCUGAGAAACAAGAAAGUCAAAGAUUCAGUGAGAAAAGUUUUUGAGGGAAAAGUUAGAUGGAAGAAGAAUAUGUGUUCCUUUACAUGA